AUGGAGCACGCAAACUGGGUGGAAGGUUUAGUAGCGAACAAUGCAUUCAUUUACAGUACCAUAUCUGUCGAGGGAAUUGACAUGGACAUCGCUUUUGCCAACCCCACCAUCAUAACAUUGGCGAGGUACUUGUUAUAUGACAAUAAAAGCGGAGAAAAUAUCAACAUUGCUCUGUUAUCUUCCGCCCCCAUUGUAGCGCCCUUGGGCACUCUUGGUGCGACAGCCAAGGUGAAAUGGUGGAGUGAUGCACAAGCUGGAUUGACACGCAGCGGGAGCAUGCUGGACCAUUGCUUCACUCCUUUGUAUGAACUUAAGCAUCCCAGGUAUUCCCACGCUGGUACUAGGCGGUCAUCAAUGUCCCCUGAACUUCCGCACAGGCGAAGAUUUCAUAUCAGAUGGGUUACCCCACACCUCCCAUGGAUGUCUCUUGAUGAGGAUGGUCAAGAGCCGCCUGUGUUCAUCAACAAUAAUCCUUUUAAGGCAAUGGUUUUAUCGCCUCAUUCUGACCUUCUCCCGUCGUCUUGUCAGAAUUAG